GUGGAUCAGAUGGUGAGACAUCAAAGAACGAGCUCUCCUUUGAACAGCAAGAAAUAGUGUAAGAAAAGAACACCAUCAGAACCUCGAAGAUACUAAGACAUUAAUUACUAAGGAGACCUCUUUUUGGAGACUGAUUCAACAUGACAAAACUCAUUCAUCUUGCUGCAUUCAUUUUCAUUUUAUCCAUGGUUUGUGCUGAUGCUUUCCAUAUAGGCGUUGGUAAGGUUGGUCGAAGAAGGAAGAGAACAGUCAAGCUGUCUGACAAUCUUCAGGAUGCCUUACAAGAUUUGUGCCUGUUCACCAAUAAGCACUGUAAUGACGUCGACAGUAAACGUGAUGAACCACAAGCCCUUGCUGUCCUCUUAAUGCAUGCAAGAAAAGGAAAAUCUGAAAAAAACGUUCAAAAAACACUGAAGAUCGUUUGUAAUGCCUCAAAUAGCGUGUGCGAGCCUUCUGUACAAAGAUCAAAACGGUCAGAUACGUUACUAUGGCUACAAGAAAAGAAACAUCGACGCCCUAUUUUUACAGUGACUUCAUAAUGGCAUAAAUAUUGUGACUAUAUCUAAUUGGAUUACAUGUGAAUGAUUUUUUUAA